GGAAGCAAGACAAGGGGAAGCCCCAAUGGAUGUUAAACUCUGUUUGGAUUGGUCUUAUUGCUUUCUGGGAAAACGAGAAAAGCAUCAAGAGAAGCAAAACCAACUCCAAAAAUAAGAAGAGCGAUCGUGGUGGCUUAGGGAUAGCUAAGCACACAUGUGGGUCAAUGCCAUAUGUCCGGAGAAGAGAAGAGAUGCGUGAUAAGGUGACAGGAGAGCUCCCAGAUAUGGUUACUUUUAUGGAAGCAACCCAUAAGAGAAAGUCUGAUGGUGUAUUUGUGUGCAAAAAAGCUGAGUUGAUCGCCAAAAAAUGUCGAAACAUGGAGCACCAAAUUCUUAGUCAAAGAGACAAUGAUGAUGGUGACACUUUGGACACUAACCAUCUUACACAAGAAGAAAUUGAUGCCAUUUACCAAGGGGAAGUUCAAGUGAAGAAAGGCAAGAAAUUUGGCUAUGGUUCAAUUCCGGAAGCUGAUCCUAGUGUUGAUGCAUCUCCAAAUUAUGAAGAAAUGUAUCUUGAGACUCAAGAAAAGCUCCAGAAAUCGGACCAAGUGAUUGAGGGAAUGCUGCUGAAGUUUAAAGAUGUUGAUUUUUGGAUUACUAUGAUGCAGAACAAGUUUCCAAAUGAAGUUCCACUUUCCAUGAUAACAACAAUGAACACCAAUGGUGGUCUUUGAAUUCAAUUAGUAAUUUGGUUUCAUUAAGACUUUAAGCAUUUAGGAUUGUUUUUCAAUAUUAUGUUUGGAUGUUUAAGUGUUUUGAGAUUUUAAAAUGUUUACUUA